AUGGUUGAGCCCUCAGUCCCGCACCUCCCUCCCGCCCGCAACCGCUCACCCGUCCUCCGCCGCCGCCCGCACGCUGGCUUCCCCUCCCGCGCGCUGGCCCGUCCGCUGUCGCCCCCGCCCGCGCGCUGGCCCGUCCGCUGCCGCCCUCGCCCGCCCGCUGGCUGCUCCUCCCGCUCGUCCGCCGCCGCACGCUCCUUCCCCCGACCCGCCGGAGUCUGCCGCCCGCUCGCCCGGCCGCGCAAGCUCCUGCCCCCGAUCCGCCGGCCGCCGCCGCCCGCCUCAUUGCCGGAGACCGCCCGCCUCGCUGCCGUAGAUCCCCCCGUGGUCGUACCGCCCUCUGCCGGACACCCCCACCGCCCGCGGCCGUCGCCCCCCAUCCGUUGCCCCUACCCUGCGGAGGAGGAUCAGGUGGUCUUCUUUAGUUUGAUGUACUCUUCGCUUCUGUCGCUGAAGAAGCGAAGGGGAUGGAGGAAGAAAACUGAGAUAUUGGCUGUGGGGUUGUGGAUUUGUGUUCUCUGACUCAAUAUCCCCUUGUAUUCCUCAUGCACUCACGAAACACCUUGCCCUGAAAUUUCAAAAGUGGAAAUCGAGUGGCGGAUCAACAUUGGAAGGAACCCAAACUAACCUAUUCAACGGUGAUUUCAUAUUUGUCUUUCCAACUCUGAUUUAGUAGUCUUUUCGUGCUGUAAAUUGCAGGUUUGGCAAGAAACUUCGGCUUAAUUUUUUUUAAUAGUGAUCUUAGUAGUAUUUUCAUGCUGAAGAUUUCAGAUUUGAUAAGAUACU